AAAGUUUAUUUCCCUUUUAUCCAGAUAGGUGACGCUACACUUUGCCAGUUACUAAAGGCUGCAGGUUUCUGCUCAGAAAAUAACACCGAGGCUUCCAACAUGUGUUUAUUCCCCAGGCGCGCGCGCACACACACACACACGGUCUACCCCGUAAGCAAGCACGAUGACAGGAAUGCCAAGCAUUUAAACAAAGACAGGCACCAACCCAACCCCCAACCCCAGCCCUCCAAAGUCUGCACUCCCAAAAAAGGAUCCCUCUCUGGCUCUCUCUGGAGUUUGAUGCUCUCUCUCUCUCUCUCUCUUUUUUUUUUUUUUAACCACUGCAGCCCAUCAUGGUUUCUCAGAACAGCAACGUGGCUCCCUGGGCGCACGCAGGAUCCCCUAAGCCACCCUUAACCAUGCCCUAACCAAGAUGCUAAAUCGCGAAACGGAGACACUUUGGGGGGUGGGGGGCAUCGUCUGAGAAGGGGGGAGGAAAAAAAAAAAAGAAACCUUUCCUGACACCCGCUUCAGUGUUCUCACACGCGCACUAGGCAUUAAUCAGGGAGAGGAGGAAAUUUACCAGCCCCAGGGAGGGAAAGCAAGUGCCCCGACUGGACUGUGGCUGCGCUCGCUGGGGAGAGGGAGAAAGGCUUUGGCUUAAAGGGGACGGGGAUUGGCUGGAUUGUGCACACAAGGAGUGGCCCCCGGAGCUGAAGCUGGGCUUUCCGGAGCGGGCCAGCUGGUUAGUACCCCCUUCUGCCUUCCUCCCCUCAACCCUCCUCCCUCCCUCUCCGCGAGUGUGUAGUUUCCGCGGCUAGGCUGCUACCGCCGCCGCCGCCGCAAGCAGCAGCAGCUUCAGGGACAAGCUUGAGCCGCAAGCCAGCCAGCGAGCUCCCAGCAGCAGCCGCCACUUUGGGCAAACUUGCGGGUUUCCGGCUCGCGGCUAACUAGCGGGAGCUUCCUAUUUGCCAUUCAGCGUCUUUGAGCCUUGGCAGUCCAAGGGCGGCUAGCGCGCCCGCACCAGACUCUCCUAGACGCAAAAGGGGACGAGACAACUGCGGAAUUCACCCGCCGUGCCAGGGCACUUCCGAGGCAACAACCGACUGGCACUUUUUCUCCCCUUGGCAAACUGAUUUUUUUUUUUUUUUUUAAGCUACUUGGCAGCUGUCUCUGACUCCACCUCCCGCUCACCCCCUCCCCAGCGCCUUUGGCUUUUCUUCGGAAAUCCGGACAGAAUUGGGCAUCUUUGUUAAUUGCCGUUGGGGGAGCCCGGCCGGGGGCUUUCACCAGGCCAACGUCGCCUGAGCACCGAGCCUGGUUUGCUCACCUUUGAACUGCAAAGGGAUCAAGUUCAGCUCGAGUUGCCAGCAUUGGGACUGGGAGGGAGGAGAGGGAGCGUGCAGGAGAGAGAGUGGGAGAAGGGGAAAGGGGAAAGGAGAGGAGGGAGGAGAGAGGAGGAGGAGGGAGGAGAGAGAGGGAGGGAGGGGAGGGAUCGAGAGAGCGGGGAGAGAGAGAGGCUGCAAUCUCCUCCCUGAAUCGCGCACAGCGCUGCAGAUCCCAGUGCUCCGAAUUGCGGGCCGAAUGCAGGUGAGGAAAGGCACGGACUCUGCGGCUGCGAACCCAAACUUGGGCACCGCGCGGUGCGCACGGCUCAGCCUUUCGCCCCCGCGGGCGAACGGCUGCUGCGGUUUCAGGCGGCGGCUUCGUGACUAAUGACCUUGCGCAGAGUUGUUAAGAAAAAAAGAGAAACCCGAGCUCUUGGGGGUGAGAAGGGACUGACUCUCUGGGCGUCUCUGAAGAUGGCUCGGGCUGCUCUUCGGCGCGCGGGGGGAACCCAGACGUGGACCGCUGUGUGACGCGAGUGGUCUCCACUGCACGGUGCCCGAAGCGACCUGCCAGGAAUUUUUCAUUCUCGAUCUGUUGACUGGCUCCCCCGCUGCCAGAGCGGAGUCAGAGUUCAGACUGGCUUGUUGCUGGCCCCAGCGCCUCGUGCAGGAAGCAACUCACGUUUGCCUGGGCAGCCGGAGCAGAAGCUGGGUCUGGAGUGAGUGGCUGGAACGUGAAUUGGACUCAACUCGAGUAGCAGCAAAGACGAACGGGGUUGGCAGGCGGGGGAGGCUGCAGGCUUGUUCCCCGCCGCUUCCCGGCUCCACCGCCCGCCUGCCGGAGCGGUUCCGACCCCAUCCGACAGAGCGGGGACUGGAGCUCGGGAUCCACCGCCCGCUGCGGGGAUGACUUUGGGGGGGCGCCGAGCCCGCGGCGCGCAGUGUCCCGUGAACUGUGAGUACUGCGACUAAACGGCGGCCGGCGAGCGGGCGAUUAGCACCCAUUGCAUGAAUUAUGAAACAAUAACUUUCAGAAGAAGCAGAAGGAAAAAAAAAAAAAAAGAAGGAUUUAUCGCUGGUCCCCCUGGCCGAUUCCGCACGGUGCUCUUGCCCCCUCCCUCCUCUCCCUUCCUCCUUUCCCGGAGAGAGAAGAAGAUUGGGAGGAGGGCAGGCGGCCGGCCCUGGAGGAGGGGGGCGCCGAGGGGGCUGUGAUUAGAAGGAGCAGUAGCAGCAGCAGCAGGAGAAGAUGCUGAGGAUGCGGACCGCGGGAUGGGCGCGCGGCUGGUGCCUGGGUUGCUGUCUCCUCUUGCCGCUCUCGCUCAGCCUGGCGGCCGCCAAGCAACUACUCCGAUACCGACUAGCCGAGGAGGGCCCAGCGGACGUCCGCAUCGGCAACGUCGCCUCGGACCUGGGCAUCGUGACUGGCUCGGGUGAGGUGACUUUCAGCCUCGAGUCGGGCUCGGAGUACCUGAAGAUCGACAACCUCACCGGCGAGCUGAGCACGAGCGAGCGGCGCAUCGACCGCGAAAAGCUGCCCCAGUGUCAGAUGAUCUUCGACGAGAACGAGUGCUUUCUGGACUUCGAAGUGUCGGUGAUCGGGCCCUCGCAGAGCUGGGUGGACCUGUUCGAGGGUCGGGUCAUCGUACUGGAUAUCAACGACAACACGCCCACCUUCCCGUCACCCGUGCUCACGCUCACGGUGGAGGAGAACCGGCCGGUGGGCACUCUCUACCUGCUACCCACCGCCACCGACCGUGACUUCGGCCGCAACGGCAUCGAGCGCUACGAGCUGCUCCAGGAGCCCGGGGGCGGUGGCGGCGGCGGCGGCGGCGGCAGCGGCGGCGAGGGCCGGCGUGCUGGGCCUGCCGACAGCGCCCCCUACCCCGGGGGCGGCGGGAACGGCGCGAGCGGCGGCGGCCCCGGCGGCUCCAAGAGGCGGCCGGACGCACCAGAGGGCGGCGGCGGGACCAACCCCAGUGGCCGCAGCAGCGUGUUCGAACUGCAGGUGGCCGACACCCCGGAUGGCGAGAAGCAGCCACAGCUGAUCGUGAAGGGGGCGCUGGAUCGGGAACAACGCGACUCGUACGAGCUGACCCUGCGGGUGCGCGACGGUGGCGACCCGCCUCGCUCCUCUCAGGCCAUCCUGAGGGUGCUCAUCACCGACGUGAACGACAACAGUCCCCGCUUCGAGAAGAGCGUGUACGAAGCUGACCUAGCCGAGAAUAGCGCCCCAGGGACUCCCAUCCUGCAGCUGCGUGCCGCCGACCUGGACGUGGGGGUCAACGGACAGAUCGAGUAUGUGUUCGGAGCGGCUACCGAAUCCGUGCGGCGGCUGCUGCGCCUGGACGAGACGUCCGGCUGGCUUAGUGUCCUGCACCGUAUCGACCGCGAGGAGGUGAACCAGCUGCGCUUCACCGUCAUGGCCCGCGACCGCGGGCAGCCCCCCAAAACCGACAAGGCCACAGUGGUCCUCAACAUCAAGGACGAGAACGAUAAUGUUCCGUCCAUUGAAAUCCGCAAGAUCGGGCGUAUCCCACUCAAGGACGGGGUGGCCAACGUGGCCGAGGAUGUUCUGGUCGACACCCCCAUUGCUCUGGUACAGGUGUCCGACCGAGACCAAGGCGAGAAUGGGGUAGUCACCUGCACCGUGGUGGGUGACGUGCCCUUCCAGCUCAAGCCGGCCAGCGACACAGAGGGCGACCAGAACAAGAAAAAGUACUUUCUGCACACCUCGGCCCCUUUGGACUAUGAGACCACCCGGGAAUUCAACGUGGUCAUUGUGGCGGUGGACUCGGGCAGCCCCAGCCUCUCCAGCAACAACUCCCUGGUUGUCAAGGUAGGAGACACCAAUGACAACCCGCCCGUCUUUGGCCAGUCCGUGGUGGAGGUUUACUUUCCGGAGAACAACAUCCCUGGAGAGAGGGUGGCCACGGUGCUGGCGACAGACGCGGACAGUGGGAAAAAUGCAGAGAUUGCCUACUCUCUGGAUUCCUCUGUGAUGGGGAUCUUUGCCAUCGAUCCUGAUUCUGGGGACAUCCUUGUCAAUACGGUGCUGGACCGAGAGCAGACAGACAGGUAUGAGUUUAAAGUUAAUGCCAAAGACAAAGGCAUCCCAGUGCUGCAGGGCAGCACCACGGUGAUUGUGCAGGUGGCUGACAAGAAUGACAAUGACCCUAAGUUUAUGCAGGACGUCUUUACCUUUUAUGUGAAAGAAAACUUGCAGCCCAACAGCCCGGUGGGGAUGGUCACAGUGAUGGAUGCAGACAAGGGGCGCAAUGCAGAGAUGAGCCUCUACAUAGAGGAAAACAGUAACAUUUUUUCCAUUGAAAAUGACACAGGGACCAUUUACUCUACAAUGUCUUUUGACCGGGAACAUCAGACCACAUACACCUUCAGAGUCAAGGCUGUGGAUGGGGGGGAUCCUCCCAGAUCAGCCACAGCAACAGUCUCUCUCUUUGUGAUGGAUGAGAAUGACAAUGCUCCUACAGUUACCCUUCCCAGAAACAUUUCCUACACUUUACUGCCACCUUCAAGUAAUGUCAGGACAGUAGUAGCUACAGUGUUGGCAACAGACAGUGACGAUGGCAUCAAUGCAGACCUUAACUACAGCAUUGUGGGAGGGAAUCCCUUCAAGCUGUUUGAGAUUGAUUCCACCAGUGGUGUGGUUUCUUUAGUGGGAAAACUCACCCAAAAGCAUUAUGGCUUGCACAGGUUGGUGGUGCAAGUGAAUGACAGUGGGCAGCCUUCCCAGUCCACCACGACUCUGGUGCAUGUGUUUGUCAAUGAAAGUGUUUCUAAUGCAACUGUGAUUGACUCCCAGAUAGCCAGAAGUUUGCACACCCCACUCACCCAGGAUAUAGCUGGUGACCCAAGUUAUGAAAUUAGCAAACAGAGACUCAGUAUUGUCAUUGGGGUGGUUGCUGGAAUUAUGACAGUGAUUCUAAUCAUCUUAAUUGUAGUGAUGGCAAGGUACUGCCGGUCCAAAAAUAAAAAUGGCUAUGAAGCUGGCAAAAAGGAUCAUGAAGACUUUUUUACACCCCAGCAGCACGACAAAUCUAAAAAGCCUAAAAAGGACAAGAAAAACAAAAAGUCUAAGCAGCCUCUCUACAGCAGCAUUGUCACUGUAGAAGCUUCUAAACCAAAUGGACAGAGGUAUGAUAGUGUCAAUGAGAAGCUGUCAGACAGCCCGAGCAUGGGGCGAUACCGAUCUGUUAACGGGGGGCCUGGCAGUCCUGACCUGGCCAGGCAUUACAAAUCUAGUUCUCCGUUGCCUACUGUCCAGCUUCACCCCCAGUCACCAACUGCAGGAAAAAAACACCAGGCCGUACAAGAUCUACCACCAGCCAACACAUUUGUGGGAGCAGGAGACAACAUUUCAAUUGGAUCGGAUCACUGCUCUGAAUACAGCUGUCAAACCAAUAACAAGUACAGCAAACAGCCAUUUCGUAGAGUGACGUUUUCUGUUGUGAGUCAGCCUCAGGACCCACAUCAGGGGUCACUGCAGAGUUGCUAUGACAGCGGGCUGGAGGAGUCAGAGACACCAAGCAGUAAGAGUUCAUCAGGGCCAAGGCUGGGUGCCCUUCCACUCCCAGAGGACAACUAUGAAAGGACCACGCCGGAUGGCAGUGUUGAUUCAAGACCUCUUCCAGAUGUAGCCCUGACUGGGAAGUGUACCCGUGAGUGUGAUGAAUAUGGCCACUCAGACUCCUGCUGGAUGCCGGUCCGCACUUCUCCAGAGAGGAAGAAGAACCAGCCCAAACUCUCCACUUUCAUGCCUGUUGAUGAACGAGGAAGCCAGGAAAAGCUGGCCAAUGGUGAGGCCGCGAUCAUGGGUGACCGCAACAGAAACCUCCUAAACAAAAAGUUGACCUCCUCCUAUGAGACCUUCAGUGCAGCUAGUUUCAGCAAAAAUGAGGAAGCCAACCCUGAGGAUAUUCCCCUUACAAAAACAGGGGAAUACAAGCCAUCUCCUGUCAAUACUCUCACUAGAAGAGAAGUUUACCUGUAGGCUAUAAAGAAGAACAGCAAAGUUCUUUUCAUGUAUGAGAAGGAGAAUAAGGGGCAAAAAAACUUACAAAAACCGUGUAAUCAAAAAGAGGGGGCUACCAAAGAGACAAAACUUUGCCUGCCACUUCUGCCUCCAGAUCAGGCCUUUAGUGAUACUGUUAGCCUGAUUGUAAUGUACAAUGUAGAAACCAUCCUUGUUACUUGCAUGUCUAACCCCCUCACGGAUUAUUCCCAACACCCGCUAUUCCUCUUCCCCACCCCCCUCCAAGGAGGAAAAAAAAAAAAGAUGGUUGCAAGUUUCUUUCAUGGUAACAAGCCUGAUUAGCAGAACACAAUACACUCUCAUUACCCCUAAGCUGAAGCAUGAUUUAGUCACUUUGAUUCAGUUCGAAUGCCAUCCGGUUGGUCAAAAAAACACCACAAUAAGCAAAAAAACCGAAAAACAAACAAACAAAGAACAGAUCAGGUAAAAUGUGUUUCAGACAUACCAUCAGAAUAUGAUUAAUCACCAUGAAAGGCAAUCCCCCCCAAAUGAUAGCGUUCCUGUAAAAGUACAGUUCUUAUUAAGGGGGACUCUAUAAAAAGAAUAUUGAGAACCUCACAAGCUUUAAAAUUCUAACAAAGACUGACAGCUAGACAAUACCCAGUUAGAGAUUGCAGUCCCAAAUUGGCUUAUACAUAGUUCUUUUCAAGUCAGGGGUAUCCACUUCAAUCCCAUACAUUCAUCAAAUAUUCUUAGUAUACACACAAUCUUGACCACACAUAUCAAUUACACUAAUUAUAACUUGUAAAAAUUAUAUAUAUAUAUUUUUCAGAACAGCACCGCUGUUAUCAACUAACUGGAACAAUUGUGUCAUUAAAAGGCCAAAGAUCACACGGCAGAUCAGGGAUAUCAUGAAGCAGAUUUGGUCUUGACGUGGAAAUCCAUUAAGCAACGAAAGCAACCGAACCCAUGCACACACAGAAAUACUCAAACACUAGCUUCUUUUACAUUGUUUCUAUACCUGAAAACAUGCAUUCUCUUUUAAAAUGGGUUUUCUUUGAAAGCUCAGAAAACGAAAAACUAAAUGAUGUAUUUUUGGUAUUACAGUAGACAAUUAGUUAAGGUUCAAGUUUAGUUUCAAAAACUAUUAUCAGGGAAGAUUCCACUUGUAAAAACCAUAUUUGUGGGUAGUUAGGGAAAGAAAGAUAUGUUGGUAUACAGUCUUUUAAGUUAAAAUCACUAUUAUCAUUUUAGUAUCCAGGUGAUGUUUACUGGUCUUAUUAUUUACGUUUCAAAUUAUCAAUUGUAUUUUUUAUGUGUUUAAGGAACUCUUUCAUAUAACACAAGUGCAUUAAUUUUGAAUCCUGUGCAAUAUAGCACUAUUUCAAGACUCACAACAUUGAAACAAGGUGACACCCUAAUUGAUUUGUCACUAAUGUGAUUCUGAACAUGAUUGGAUAUGUCUUAAAACAAAUCCAGACGGAACAUGAAAGAAAUGAGUUCUCGUCAGUGAUAUGUCUCCUUGUAUGUACAUCUCAGAGUGGAAAAAUAUGCAAUUUUUUCAGUGAAAAAAAAAACCCACAGAAUAUGCAGACUUUGGGUCGUUUGUUCUAUAGAGGAUGAUUUAACAUAAUUGGAAAUUAUGAGCUGGGACAUUCAGACAGAAGUGACAAUCCAGGGACAGAAUAGGGGAUAUAACAGGUGAAAAGUGCAAAUGUUCCCAACACUGAAUGUUUGCAACCUGGUUAGGACAUAGCCUGAUGGCUCUCUAGCAAACUGUAGAAAUAAUGUAGCUUUGGAUAGUUUUAUUCUUUACAGAAUUUCUUAGACUAUAAGGUGAAGUAGCCUGGACUAGAGGUUGUGAACUCACUAUAGGUCAUCAAAAUGUUUAUCUUGAAAACCACUUCUCUGGUGGGCUACUCUUUUGGGGUCAUUUCCUUCUGCUCUUUCUUAUAAAUCGAGUUUUCAUUUUGAUAUUAGUUUAUGUAUAAUAGUUAGGAUGAAAGAAGAUAUGUAAUUGAAACAAAAACAUUGGACUAAAAUACCAAUAAUUGAACAUCUUUAUGUUUGAUUAUUAUUUACAUGAUGGAAAGAUGCAAUUCUAGUACUUUGUUAGGAAACUGCAUUAAAGCAGUUCUGCCUUGUAUAAUCUGUAAGUACCUAUUAAGACAAAAUACUUCUAAAGAUACUUAUGAAAUGUAUACAUAUUUUUUCUUGCACGUUACAAAGCAAAUACUCAAUUGCAUAACACAGGUGUUCAACAAACAUUUUUAAUGCAUUUAUUUUCUUUCUUUCAUGAGACACUUGAAACCAUUAGGUAGCUCAUUUCACUCUAUCUUAAAACCCUUCUGUUGUCUAUAAAGCUAAUACGGGUCAUACUGGACCUUUGGAUUAAUUGGAUCCACAUUCCCCAAUGACGUUUGCACCACAUUCAAGACAGCCAUGUCAUUGUCAUUUAACUCAUGAGCCUUUCUUUAGAACUAAAAUGGGUGUGAAAGAAUAAAAUUCAGUGUACUGUAAGUAUUCUCAGUAAUUCUAGUAGAAUUAGCUCUCAUAACAUGUUUAUUAUAUAAUGAGCUGGCAUGACACAGAAAUAUAUUUUGUGUUUGUAUGACUUUUAUUUUGAAUAGGCUAAAUCCAGUGCCACUCCAUAUAUAGAGUGCUUUUGAAAAAAAUCAAUAAAAAGAAACAAAAAAAAUAAAUGAGUGAAUGCAAAACAAGCAACUGUGCCUUUUAUACCUGUUGUUAUGGUAAAAAAACGGUUGUUGGGUUUGGACAAUGAGGGAAAAUGGGCUAUUCCCAACUUUUUUGAUCCUGUAUAUUUACCCAUGUUUAUUUUCUGAAAAUAAUAAAUAAUAUAUUAAAAAUUUGCCUUCUGACAAACUCAGAUAAUGGACCAGUCUUAAAUAUCGUUCAUUCAUAAAACAAAACUAAGGCAUUAACAUGGACUGCUUAAUUCUGACUAGAAGGCUAAAGCAUUUAUUGUAAUAGUAACACAGAGAGAGAUUAUCAGGGGUGAAAUCAGUCCAUUUUGCAAGGUCAAAUAUUGAUUUCAAAUUUCUAUUCUUUAUUUCCUUUUUGUUAUUUUUCUUUUAGCUGCUGUUUCAUUUUGGUUGUACAAUAUAUAAACCAUACUUGUUUUCUGUACACAAGACUCUCAAGUGAACUUUGCAUGCAUUAUACAUUAGGACACAUUUAUAAAUUAAUGAGUAACUAUAUAAAUUUAUGUGUAUUAAAAUUUACAUGUACGUCUAUAGCUUCAGUCUAAAAUCUAAUGCUCAUUCUGAACCUCCAGAUAUCAUUUCUGUAUGGUUUCUGACUGGCCUGUUGCCUGAGUUUCAGAAAACAAGGGAGGCAUUAUUUUUAUGGGAAGAGAAACUAAGAUGGUACUGAAGAUGUCUGGCUGAAAGGCUACCCUAGGAAGCUCUCUUAUAGGAAAAUAAAAUAACACACAGACCAGAAGAAACCUCCAAGAAUCAAGCCAUCCUAAACCCAGGCCUGAGAAAUCCGAAGACCCAAGUAAUUUUAGGGACAUUGUAUCCAUGAUAAAUAUACAAUGUGUCCUUAGGGGGAAAACAAAAACAAAAACAGUGAAGAUGAUCAAGAAUAUUUUAAGCUGGUCAGUUGUGACCCAGGUAGAGGUAGAUCUAACAUCUGGAGGAAUACCUCAUUCUUUCAGCUACCUAGGGUUUACUUUCAGACAACUUUUCCUACAUUUUAAAGCACUUGCAUUCAGUGUGGUACGAUCUGUUUGUAAUGUUAAUCAUUGACUAUUGUUCUGCUACUUGGAUGUUGAUAGCGAAGCUGAGAACAAUUUAUCAUCGUUUAUUAUGAGUCACUAUGCACGCAACUAUGCUAAACAUGGCGAAAUGUAUUAAACACUCGUCCAACUAUUUAUGAAAUACUUUACAUAAUUUAAUUUGCUUUUGUACAGUUUUAUGUAAAUAAAUUGCUUGUCAUUUUUGUCUCUGCAAAUUAAAAUAUAACAUGGUCAA